CGUGCUCCAGCUGUCACAUGAUCUCGGUCACGUGACCGCCGCGCUACAGCGUCUCGCUUUUCCGUCAACCCACCUGUGACUGGCGUCUGGACCGAGACGCUGCUCUGCGCGGAGGCGGACGUUUCACCUGCCGCCGCCGAACAUGAGGCUGCUGAAGGAAACUCUCGGCCUCCUGUUGCUCUGGGCCUGUCUGGACGCCGCACGCUCGAGGCGCUGCUCGUCGUUCUUCUGCGGCAAAUCGUACGGGGCGAGCGGCCUGAACGGGGCCGACCCCGGGCCGCCGCUGUUCCUCACGCCUUACCUGGAGAAGGGGGCCAUAGAUGAAGCCAGGAAGCUGAGUGUGGUGGGGGCGCUGCCUGGAGCCAACGUGAAGAGCCACGCCGGAUACCUCACCGUCAACAAGAAGUACAACAGCAACCUCUUCUUCUGGUUUUUCCCCGCACUCAAACCGAUGCAGGAUAAGGCUCCAGUCCUGCUGUGGCUCCAAGGUGGCCCUGGCGGAACCUCGCUGUUCGGUCUGUUUGUGGAACAUGGGCCGUACGUGGUCUAUAAGAACCUGACAGUGGGUUUGAGGGAUUUCGCGUGGACAACAGCAUACUCUGUGUUGUACAUUGACAACCCAGUCGGUACAGGCUACAGCUUCACUGACUAUGACCAAGGUUUUGCACAGAACCAGGACGAUGUUGGCAGAGAUCUGUACAGUGCUUUAACGCAGUUCUUCCAGAUCUUUCCAGAGUAUCAGUCCAAUGACUUCUAUGCCACUGGGGAGUCUUAUGCGGGAAAGUAUGUUCCUGCCAUUUCUUACUACAUCCAUAAACACAACCCCACUGCCAAGGUGAAGAUCAACCUUAAGGGCAUGGCUAUUGGAGACGGGCUCUGUGACCCAGAGCUGAUGCUCGGUGGCUACGGUGAGUUCAUGUACCAAACCGGCAUGAUUGAUGAAAACCAAAAGCAGUAUGUUGUCCAGCAGACGGAUUAUGGGGUGAAGCUCAUCCAGCAGCAGAACUGGGUGGAGGCGUUCCGGGUUUUCGACCGCUUGCUGAACGGUGACCUGGACCCGUACCCGUCCUUCUUCCAGAACGCCACCGGCUGCACCAACUACUUCAACUACAUGACGUGUCAGGAGCCCGACGACCAGGGCUACUUCUCCCGGUUCGUGACGCUGCCGGCGGUGCGACGCGCCGUCCACGUGGGGAACCUGACGUUCCACGACGGCUCGGAGGUGGAGAAGCACCUCCUGCAGGAUGUGAUGAAGAGCAUCAAGCCGUGGCUGGGUGUGCUGAUGGACAACUACAGGGUCUUGAUCUACAGCGGCCAGCUGGACGUCAUCGUAGCCGCUCCGCUCACCGAGCGCUUCCUGCCCACCGUGAACUGGAGCGGAGCCGCCGAGUACAAAGCGGCCGCUCGCUACCACUGGAAGGUGCAGCCCGGUGACGCGGAAGUGGCAGGUUACGUACGCCAAGUGAAGGACUUCUUUCAGGUCGUCAUCCGAGGAGGGGGACACAUUUUGCCGUACGAUCAACCAGCCAGAUCCUUUGACAUGAUUGACAGAUUCCUCUCAACGCGGGGCUUCUUUUAAGGCCUUUCUAAUAUAGACUCCGAGAGGCACCCAGUUUAACACAUUUUGGCACAUUUUUGGUGAUUCUCUUCUUAACACCUGAUUUCAUGUGUAUUGUCUUUUUAUAUGAUUUCAUCACAGCUAGCGACUGGCUAGCUUAGACCUGCAAUCACUGCUCACAUUUUAUUGUCAGCAGCUCCAAUAGUAACACUUAAAAUGUAGGUGUAAUGGAUGAGAUGAAUCAGACUCACGUUUACUUUUGUAAUUCAUUUGGGGAAAUAAACUACGUGUUGCAUUAGUACUUGUAUAAAGAUUGAAAAAUUGAUCCUGGAAAAUUAACUUGAAAUAAAAUGUUUUCCAUGA